CUCUUCUUUUUUCUCUUACAAGUUUUUUCAGCACAUCACUCAUCUGACAAGUUACUAUAUGCUGAAUCUGCAUUGGACUGAGAUGAUGAAAUCCCAGUCUCUCUCUACAAAAUGGAUAUUGCUGCUGUUUUGUGUAAAUGUGCUUCAGGCAUUGGAGAACCAUCAAUCGAGGUCCUUGCUGCGUGUUGGAGAAGUGCUCACUUCAUGCAACUUUAAUGAUGACUCCGUACCAUUUUGCAACUUCCGACAGGACACCAAUGACCACAGUGAUUGGAUAAGACAUAAAGGCCCAACACCCACCAAUGGCACUGGACCUGGUGGCGACUACCCAGAUGGCAAUGGCUACUACAUCUACCAUGAAGCAGACAAUGUUGUCAAUAGUCAAAUGGCUCGCUUGCUUAGCCCUCCUCUCAUGGCUCCAAGUGGGCAAGCUUGUAUUCAGUUCUGGUACUACAUGUACGGCCUUGAUGCAAACAACCUGCUCAGUGUUCUUAUUAAAAGGGACCAAGAAGCAGAAGAACUGGUCUGGGACCGCAAGGGCUUACAGAGUCACUCCUGGCUCAAAGCUGAAGUUUCUGUAUCCAUGCAGAACACACAGCAAUUUGUGAUCAUAUUUCAAGCUACCCGUGGCACAAGUUCAUCUUGCGACACAGCAUUAGACAACAUCACCAUUUCCAAUGGACCUUGUUCCUCUUGCUUGGUCAGUUGUGAUUUUGACAAAUGGGACGACUUGUGCGGCUGGCAGAACCCAGGGGGAAGUUUAGAGCCAUGGGUGCAGUGGAUUGGAAACACAGAGACAGAGGGAACUGGUCCUGAUGAUGACUUCUCCAAACCUGGCAUUGGCAUGUACAUGCUAUUGGAUUCCCUUUACGUAGCACCUGGUGUCAAAGGAGAACUGAGAAGCCCAUUGGUGUUGUCAGAUGGCUGCCUGGAGUUUUCUUUCUAUUACUACAUGUAUGGGACUGCAAAAACCAUGCAGCUGAAUGUUUAUGCCACCACAUCGGGGGCAGUUCUGGGCAAUUCACUAUUCACCCGGACAGGAAACCAAGGAAAGGGCUGGAAACUGGCAGAAGUUCACUUUAACAAGAGUGGUCAAGUUCAGUUUGUAAUAGAAGGAGUGUAUGGAGAGACUGAUAAAACUGACAUUGCAGUGGACAGUGUAUGCAUCGCCCCGUGUCAAGCUGUGCCUCCAACCACUGCCAGACCUCCUCCACAAUCCAGCACGAUUUUGCCUACAGCAUCAGCAUUUAGUUCAACGAAGACACCUUCGACAGGAUCUACUGCUAUUUCACUAAGCACCACAUCAGAGAAGCCCUCCACAGUAUUUGCUACUACUAAACCAUCCACCUAUUCCAUUCCAACACAGUCAUCUGCUGCUGCUACAGAGACAGAUAUCACUUUAAUGACAUCUUCUGUAGCAUCUACAUCUAAAACAACAUUUGGAUCAACUACAACCAAAGGAGCAAUAUUAUCAACAACAGAGAAAACAACUGUACCUUCAACAGCAACAGUGAAGCCGACCAUAGACUCAACUUCCACAAUGAAGCCAACAACAGUCUUGACAGCCUCAGUAAAGCCAAGCCCUACUACUUUGAUACCAGCCACUUACUCUACAAUCGUCACAUUGGUCACCUCAGUAAAGCCCAGCAUCCCCCCAACAGACACUUCAACAGCAAGCACAGUAGUCACUGCAAAACCAAGCACACACUCUACAACAAUAAAAGGUACAUCCCCUAUGGGUACAACACAGCCUACCACUUUCUUAAGCACAAGUUCUGCAGCCCCGAUAAAUCCUAGUACAUAUACCAUGACUUCAGGAAUAUCAAGUGCCUCCUCUGCAAAUACGGAAAAACCAAGCACGGACACCUUAACCACAACAAAUAAAAAUACAUCUUCCACCACCAUAGGUGCAACUACCUCAGCAAAGCUGACCACACUGUUAACAGAAAGGCCUAUGACAUCUACUUCGAACCCUACAUUUGCUCCAACCAUGACUACUAAGCCUCCAGUGAUCUGUCCACCUAACUCUCACUAUGUCAUCUGUGGUCCAUCCUGCUUCUCCACCUGUGAGACUCCAAACCCCAACUGUACUGGUUCAUGUACUACAGGCUGCUUUUGUGACCCUGGCUAUCUGUACCAGGGCAGCAAGUGUGUACCUGUUGAUAAGUGUGGCUGCAUCAGCAAUGGCAUUUACUUUGAGCCUGGACAAGUAAUCUUGGAGGACGACUGCUCACAAGUGUGUCGCUGUGUUGGCAAUUACACUUUCGAAUGCACCAAAGCUGGCUGCUUACCUAAUGAGGAGUGUCGCAAUGUGAAUGGCGUGCCAAGCUGCUAUCCGAAAGAUUCUUCUACAUGUAUGGUGACAGGUGACCCUCACUAUGCCACCUUUGACCGCCGAUACUAUUCUUUUAUGGGGAAUUGCAGUUACAUCUUGUCAAAACCAUGCAAUGAUAGUCAAGGACAGAACUUCACUGUAUAUGCUGAUAAUGAACAUCGCUACGGCCAGAUGAGUGUGACUUUCCUUCGGGCUGUGCAUAUAAAAACCCAAGGAGUAGUUGUGACCAUUCUCAAAGGAGGCACUGCCCAGGUAGAUGGUAUUUCUGUAAAUCUUCCAUUCAACCCCAAACCGGAAAUGUCAGUCUUCCAGUCUGGAAGAUACAUACAGGUGGAGACAAGCUUUGGAUUAACAGUCCGAUAUGAUGGGAACAAUAAUGCUGACAUCAAAGUGACGAGCGAGUACAAGAAGACUCUCUGUGGAUUGUGUGGUGACUAUGAUGGGAACCCAAAUAAUGAUUUUAAAACACCACAAGGAGACCUCGUUCCUGGUGCCAAUGAAUUUGGAGACAGCUGGAAUAUAAAUGAGAACUGCCUUCCAACUGAAGGUGAAAGUGGUCCACAAUGCACUGAUGAUGAAAAGGAGCUAUACCAAAGUUCUGCCUAUUGUGGGCUUCUUUUGGGUCCCAAAGGACCAUUUGCUGCCUGUCACUCCAGGGUCAACCCCAAUAAUUUCUUUGCAGAUUGCCUCUUUGAUGUGUGCGAACUGGGAGGAGCGCAUCCUCCUCUUUGUGAGGCCUUGGAAUCUUACACAAGCGAGUGUCAAGAAAGAAAUGUCACUGUAGGAGCCUGGAGGAAUGACACAUUUUGUCCCUUAAGAUGUCCAACAAAUAGCCAUUAUGAUCCUUGUGUCUCACCCUGCCAGCCUUCAUGUCUCCAAAUCCAACGAGAGUUGUGCAGAUGGCCAUGUGCUGAAGGUUGUAUAUGUGACGAAGGUUUUGUCCUGAGUGCUGGUCACUGUGUAAAACAGGACAACUGUGGAUGUCAGUUCAAUGGAAACUAUUACAAACCAGGAGACAAGUUCUUCACCAAUGGAUGCCAGAACCAAUGCCAGUGCAUCGGCAGUAAUGUGACCACCUGCAAUCAAUGGAGCUGCUCAAAUCAUGAAAUCUGCAGUGUAAUGAAUGGAGAGCUUGGCUGCCAUCCCACAGGUUCAGCACCAUGCUAUGUGUCUGGAGACCCCCACUAUAUGAGUUUUGAUCAAAGAAUGCUUAGCUUCAUGGGAACGUGCACUUAUACUCUUGCAAGGUCUUGCAAAAACAACACUGGUCCAUGGUUUUCCAUCGAAGGCAAGAAUGAGGAAAGAGGAAUGAUGGGCGUCUCCUAUUUGCGUAAGCUCUACAUUACAGUAAACGGAAUUACCAUCACUCUGAUGAAGGGCCGACGCACACUGGUCAAUGAUGUGAGAGUCCAACUUCCAUAUUCACCCUCCCGUGCUCUGUCCAUUGCUCAGGCUGGUCAAUAUGUGAUUGUCCGAGCCAUUUUUGGCUUAUCAGUUCGUUGGGAUGGCAGCCACUUUGCUGAGAUCAUAGUGCCUAGCUCCUAUUAUGAUCAGAUGUGUGGACUUUGUGGAAAUUAUAAUGGAGACCCCAAGGAUGACUUUAUGAAACCUAAUGGUGAAAUGGCUAACAGCUCAGAUGAAUUUGCAAACAGCUGGCAGACUCAAGAGGAUGAGGACAAAAUAUGCAAGCCGGACAACGAAGUAGACCCCCCCUGCGAUGAGCAGUUAUACAACAUGGUAGCAGAUCCUGAUCAUUGUGGGAAAAUCCUAGAUGCUAAAGGGCCAUUCAGGGACUGUUUGGCAGUAGUGAAGCCUGAUCCUUACUUCCAGAACUGCAUUUAUGAUAUGUGCCGCUACGAGGGACUGCAACAAACACUAUGUGAUCAAUUGCAGGCAUACACUGAUGCCUGUCUGACAGCCGGGGCUGCUGUACACAACUGGAGAGGCCCUACUUUUUGCCCUUUGCCCUGCCCACCAAACAGUCAUUAUUCGCUGUGUGCCAGCUUGUGCCCCCAAUCUUGUGGGACGACUUCUCUCCCAUGUUCUUCAGGGUGCAUUGAAGGGUGUGAGUGUGACCCUGGAUUCAUCCUGAGUGACAGUCAGUGCGUGCAUCUGUCUCAGUGUGGCUGCAUGGAUGAAAAUGGAAGUUAUCACUCUGCUAAUGAAAGUUGGUACUUACCAGGAUGCAUGAAGCGCUGCACCUGCCUGGGCCAGAACUUUGUUCGUUGUGAGAGUACAAGUUGUAAUGCCAUGGAAAAAUGCGAGUUACUGGAUGGAGUGUACGGAUGCUAUACCUCAGACAGGCAGACCUGCUCAGCCUCUGGAGACCCACAUUACACCACCUAUGACAGGGCAACUCAUCAUUUUCAAGGCUCCUGUUCCUACAUCCUUUCUCAGCCAUGCCAGGUCUCGUCAUUUAUCCCAUACUUUUCUGUGGAGACUGAAAACGAGCGACGUGGCAACAAUCAACAUGUAUCUUAUGUCAGGGCUGUUCGUGUGAAUGUUUAUGGGCAACAAGUAAUCCUUGGCAAAGGGAGGAAAGUCAUGGUUAAUGGGGUUCAGGUGUCACCACCUGUUCAUUUUGGAGAUUGGCUGACGGUGCGGCUCAGUGGAACUUUUGUUGUGGUUACGACUGACUUUGGUUUAUGGGUUCGAUUUGAUGGAAAUCAUCAUGCAGAUGUUUCCGUACCUUCAUUCUACAGUGGACAUUUAUGUGGCCUAUGUGGUAAUUACAAUGGUAACCCUGGUGAUGACAACCUGAAACCAGAUGGUCUGCCUGCUGGAAACACCAAUGAAUUAGGAGAAAGCUGGCAGGUUUAUGACAACAGGACAGAAUGUUCUCAUGAUGGUGGAAUAAGCCCUUGUGAUCAGGAGUUAGAAAAUGAAGCAAAGAAGCCAACAAGCUGUGGAAUGAUCUCUGAUCCUAAGGGUGUGUUCCAGAUGUGCCAUGCUGCAGUUCCUCCUGAUGCCUAUUUUGAAAACUGUGUUUAUGAUGUGUGUGGUACAGGGGGUGAUGCGGUGGCCCUCUGUCUUGCUCUGCAAUCCUAUGCUGACCUCUGUGCCCAGGCAGGAAUACCCAUUACCUGGAGGAACAACACAUUCUGCCCUUUGAAGUGUCCACCUGGUAGCGACUACUCUCCUUGUGGUGCAGCAUGCCCGCCUAGCUGCACAGAACUGGAUGCUCCUAAUUCCUGUGACCUGCCAUGUGUAGAAGGCUGUGUAUGUGAUCCCGGCCUAGUCUUGAGUGGGUACAAAUGUGUGCCUUUUAAAGAGUGUGGAUGUGUGGACCAAAACAAUAACUAUCAUCCGGUAGGGGACAGUUGGCACCCAGGUUCUGACUGUUCCAAGCAUUGCACUUGUAGUCCUUUCAAUAACAUCACGUGUCAGGCCUGGCAUUGCAGCCCAGAAGAAUUAUGCCAGGUACAGGAUGGCGUGUUGGCCUGCCAUUCACAAGGGGGAGCUGUGUGUCACGUGGCAGGAGACCCUCAUUACUACACCUUUGAUCAUAUCAUGCACACCUUCAUGGGCACAUGCACAUACACUCUUGUGGAUGUGUGCAACUCCAGCAUGGUCACACCUUUUACGAUUGUGGCCAAGAAUGAAGAACGUGGACAGCCAAUGGUGUCAUAUGUAAGAUCUGUGAGCGUGAAGAUUCACGGCAGCACUGUCACUCUAAAUAAGGGACGUCGAAUAUUGGUUGAUGGGCAGCGCGUGUUGACUCCACUUGCAGGAAGAAUUCCAGGAGUGUCCCUAUUGGCCAGUGGAGUUUACUCAGUUCUGGAAACUGAUUUUGGAUUAGUUGUCAAAUUUGAUGGUGUUCAUCACUUAGAGAUAAACAUUCCAGGGGCUUAUUUUAACAAGGUGUGUGGAAUGUGUGGAAACUAUAAUGGGUAUACAGGAGAUGAGCUGCUCAUGCCAAAUGGCCAGCUAGCCAAAGAUGAAGUUCAGCUGGGAAACAGCUGGAAGUCUGAAGGGGACAGCGACCCAGGUUGCCAAUCUGAUGAUCGUGAGGAUCUGAAUGCCCAGUGUGGUGCACAGGACAAGGACUAUUACAGUAAGCUUUGCUCUGAUGUGCUGGUAAAGGACAAAAACUUCUUGCCCUGUCACUCUAUCAUAAAACCUGAGGCCUUUGUGGAAAACUGCAUCUUUGAUAUGUGCGAGUACCAAGGCAUGAUGGCAACUCUGUGUGACAACGUGGAAGCCUACGCUCAGGCCUGCCAGGGACUGGGAAUAACAGUGAAAUGGAGGAACUCAACUUUCUGCCCACUUCCUUGCCCACCCAACAGCCAUUACUUGGAAUGCAGUGCUCCCUGUCCACCCACCUGUGCAAAUCUGUAUGCUGAGGCAAGCUGUGGACGGCCACAGGGCAACUGUGUGGAAGGGUGUCAAUGCAAUGCAGGAUUUGUUCUUAGUGAUGGCCUCUGUGUGCCACUGAAGAGCUGUGGCUGUGUGGACAACCAGGGAGAGUAUCAUAAUGUAAACGACUACUGGCUGACAAGGCACUGUGAGGAAGAGUGUCGCUGCCAAAAGGGAGGACUUCUUGAAUGCAGCAGCUUCAAGUGCAAUGACCACUCCUACUGUGCCCUGAACAGUGAUGGCAACCGCUACUGCAAGCCUGACAAGUUUGAUAAGUGCAUUAUCUCUGGUGACCCUCACUAUAGAACAUUUGAUAACUUCGUGCACCACUACCAAGGCAAAAACACAUAUGUGCUAGUGAAAACCUUCAACCUUCCCUCUUCCUUUGUGCCAUUCACCAUCAGUGGUCAAAACAAGCAGAGUCGCUCAAACAGACGGGUCUCCUUCUUGUAUGAGGUGCACAUCGAUGUCUACGGCUACAGUAUAAGACUCUUACAAGACAGGAAGCUUUUGGUCAAUGGAGAAAAUGUCCAAGUUCCUUUAAGACCUACUGGAGGCCUUCAUUUAUUCCAGCAGUCAAGAGCAAUUAUCUUGGAUACAGACUUUGGACUAAAAAUUCGUUUUGAUGGAAGAGAAUAUGCAGAGGUGGUCUUGCCAAUCACUUACAGUUCCAGGGUUCGAGGACUUUGCGGAAAUUAUGAUGGACGCAAGAACAAUGAUUAUAUGAUGCCUGAUGGCAGCAUCACACGCAAUCUGAACAUUUUCGGAGACAGUUGGGAAGUGCAUAACGGUCAGUCUGCAGGAAACAAACAGUGGCCUGCUCAACUACACCAUGUCAGGCGAGAAGUAGAAGAGGAACCAGAGUCUGGAUUUGAGACUCAAGGGUGCACCAAAGACCAGCUCCAGGUCAUAAAUGGCACAUAUAAUUGUGGAGCGUUGUCUAAUCCAAUGGGAGCUUUCAAUGUUUGUCAUGCCUUCUUAUCCCCCCAAGAUUUCCAAGAGAAUUGCAUCUUUGACCUUUGUGCAGAGUCCAAUAAUGCAGUGCUGCGCUGUUUGAGUUUCGAAGCUUAUGCUCAGGCCUGUCAGGAAGGAGGGGUAAAACUUGGAAACUGGCGCCAGGAGCUGGACUGUGCUCUCAGUUGUCCCCCAAAUAGUGUUUACUCUUCCUGCAUGUCUGUAUGCCCUGCAACAUGUGCCAAUCUCGCUGCACCUUCAGAAUGUGAGACUACUGUUUGCAUGGAAGGCUGUGAGUGCAAGAAGAACUUUGUGUUGAGCGGUCAGAACUGCGUACCAUUUAAUCAGUGUGGCUGUACCUUUCAAGAGAGAUACUAUCUGCUCAAUGAAAAAUUUGUUUCUGAAGACUGUACCCAGAGCUGCACCUGCAUGGAUACAGGGGCAGACUGUAAACUUAUCUCCUGUGCUGCACAUGAAGUGUGCACCGUGUACAACUACACCAGGGGAUGCUUCAGAGAUGGUCCAUGUUUGAGUAGUCCAUGCAACAAUGGAGGUACCUGUCUUGAGGAAGGAAAUGGAUUCAAAUGCAUUUGUCCAUCAGGCUUUAAAGGAAUUCUUUGUGAAGAAGUUCAUAGUGGACUUGAUGAAACCACCAUCAUUUUGAUAGGAGUGCUUGUGCCUCUGGCAGUUGUCAUUAUAGCAGUUCUGGUCAUCUGUAUUUAUCAACGACAUGUCAGUAGGAAAAUAUGGAAAGUUCAAAACAGUGAAAUAGAUCUGAAAAGCAUUGAAAAUCCAAACUGCAAGAAACAUAAAACCAGUAUGACAAAAUUCUGAAAAACAGGAAUACAGCACUGAUAAAUAGGAGCUACACUGUACAGAUGUUUUGGGGA